AUGCCACGAGACUUGCUAGCAGACAAAAAGACGCUCGAUGGCAUGCCCGAACUAUCAAGAGAGCCUGAGACCGUCGCUAGCCCAGAGUCCGUGGAGCAGCAAUCGAGUUUGGUGCCUCAUCGCAGUUCCAACAUCGCCCAGGAGGGGAGACUCAAGCAGAUGGGCGUCCGGCCCUACGCUUCAUUGCUGAACAUCGACGACCUGGAUGAUUGCGAUUGGCUCGAGCAUGCGGCCUUUGAUCCGGUUGAAGCUGCAUCGCGCGAGAAGCUCGAGUACCGUCUGCGAACCUGUGGUGAGCUCUGCAGUGGGCUCUUCUCUUCCGCCUAUCCCACCACGUCAGGACCAUUAGGCGAGACCAUCAAGUUGCACUCCUUCCCAUCAAUAGACUCAGCAGACACAGACCGGAAGCGCGUGAUAAUUGGUCACAUCAUCUCAACCAAAGCAAACUCACCCCUUGUCACCGAUGACGCGAUGGACUAUCCCAAGGACUGGAAAACCAACUACCAACUCACGCCAAAUGUAGGCCACAACGAAGACGGUCAGACAGUUUGUUUGCACUCAUUAUGUGUACACCCAAACUUUGCGCGCAAAGGGCUCGGCUCGAUAUUACUGCAGAGCUACGUACAGAGGAUCAAGGAUUCGGGUGUGGGUUCUAGGAUAGCGCUCAUCUGCAGAGACCGGUAUAUACCGUUCUAUGAGAAAGCGGGAUUCAAGAAGAUCGGGCCUAGCAAGUGCCAAUAUGGUGGAGGCAACUGGGUAGAUAUGGUGCUUGACUUCGAGGACAGCGGGGAUGAUGGUUGGGAGUACUAA